CGCCAACACGCCUUGGCCACCUUAAAAUCGCGCACACCCUUCGCUUAUUGUUUUGGUUGAUGAGUAAUCUUUAGGAAACUCCGUCAUUCUUCGUAAUUAAAUCUUGCAGUUAAGAUAUCCUUAAACAUGGACUGGCUAUUCGGCAAGAAGAUCAGCCCCGAUGAGAUGCUGCGCAAGAAUCAGCGGGCGCUGAACAAAGCGAUGCGAGAUCUGGACCGCGAGCGGAUGAAAAUGGAGCAGCAGGAGAAGAAGAUCAUCGCGGAUAUCAAGAAGAUGGCCAAGGAGGGCCAAAUGGAUGCCGUGAAGAUCAUGGCCAAGGAUCUGGUGCGCACGCGCCGGUAUGCCAAGAAGUUCAUGCUGAUGAAGGCAAACAUCCAGGCGGUGUCCCUCAAAAUCCAGACGCUCAAGUCGCAGAACACAAUGGCACAGGCCAUGAAAGGUGUCACGAAGGCCAUGCAGAACAUGAACCGCCAGCUGAAUCUCCCGCAAAUCCAGAAGAUCCUGCAGGACUUCGAGAAACAGUCGGAAAUGAUGGACAUGAAGGAGGAGAUGAUCAACGAUGCCAUCGAUGACGCCAUGGAGGACGAGGGCGAUGAGGAGGAGACGGAUGCUGUUGUGUCCCAGGUGCUGGACGAACUGGGUCUGCAAUUGGGCGAACAGCUGGGAGACCUUCCUUCUGCCUCCGGUUCCCUUUCCAUAGCCGGCGGCGCUGGCGCUCAGAAAGCACAGGCUGUGGCCGCUGGUGGCGUUGGCGGCGGUGGAGCCGCCGGCGGAGGUGGACUUGGUGGAGGCGGCGCUGGUGGUCCGGGAGCUCCCGGUGGUAGUGGUGCCUCAUCGCCCAUGUCCGAUGCCGAUGCGGAUCUUCAGGCGCGCCUGGAUAAGCUGCGCAAGGAUUGAACCGCUCCUAAGAAGCACUGCCUGUCCACUUUAUGUAAGAGCCACCACCCGUUUGUAUCUCCCAGAAGCGAAUGUUGUAUUAAAGAGAAUGCUUGUGAUUUUCGUUCCCUGCGUGUUUGAAAAAUCGAUGAGUAAUUACCAUUUACAAGCUAUAAUGGGAAGAGCUAGGUAGUUCUGCAAUCGCACAGCCUGGCUACAAUAAAUUCGCAAUACUUGUUACUUUAGAGCUAUGCAUUAUUCGGUAUUUUAAAAGAGUUGUACAUUUCAUGCCUGUCUUCAAUAAAAUAAGAAAAAGGAAUUUCCAAAUCAUUAAA